CCCGCCACAGACCGGAGGAGAAACAAGGGAAGCUCUCUCUCUCUCUCUCUCUCUCUCUCUCUUCACUGCGGAUGAACUAUGUUUUGACACCAGGACGUGUUCAGAGGUUCAUCAAAUGAAUCAGAACGCCGGGAAGCUUUUCGCGUCUUCACAGUAGCCGUGGGAAUACUUGAAAGAACAGCCUGCCCCAGACUCUCGCGCACACCGAGCGCCGGUGGCGGAAUGUGAAAACCCCAUUUUGGCGCAUGUUCCUCUCCAUUGUGCGCAGCCUUCUCCUGCUUUCUGUGCGGUUGGAAAGCGGAGGGGGAGGAGGAGGAGGAGAGACGGCUUUUCCCGAUUCGAUCCCUUGCCUAUGGACGACGGCGGUCCCCUCUCUCCAAAGGCUAAUGCUUUCAGUAUUGCCUCUCUGAUUUCGGCUGCAGAGCAAGCAGGAAACGCAGCGUUUGACAAACAGAGCACCGGCCUAGACAAGCCAGACCUGCACAACCACAGUUUCUUUAAAAUGCACUACAGCACUGUGACCCGGGAAAUGGAAGCCUUCACGACGAGCAGCCUGAGCAGCCUCAACACGCCGGGGGGCUACCACCUCUCUCCGUCCCCCGGGGACCCGUACAGCCAACAUGAGUCCCACUUCGAACCGUGCCCGGCCGCCCAGCACAACUACAACUACCCGGGGUCUAACCCGGGCCAGGCCCCGCCGAGCGACAACGGGACUCCCAACUGCUCCUCGUCGUCCUCCAGCUCCACGCCGAACAGUAAAACUAUAGUGAAGAAGAACCCUAAAGUGGCCAACAUUAACGUCCAGCUGGAGAUGAAAGCUUUAUGGGACGAGUUUAACCAGCUGGGCACGGAGAUGAUCGUGACCAAGGCUGGCAGGAGAAUGUUUCCAACUUUCCAAGUGAAAAUAUUUGGUAUGGAUCCCAUGGCAGACUACAUGCUCCUGAUGGACUUCCUGCCUGUAGAUGACAAACGUUACAGGUAUGCUUUCCACAGCUCGUCGUGGCUGGUGGCGGGUAAAGCUGACCCCGCCACACCGGGCAGGGUCCACUACCACCCGGACUCUCCGGCUAAAGGCGCGCAGUGGAUGAAGCAGAUCGUCUCUUUUGAUAAACUCAAACUCACCAACAACCUGCUGGACGACAACGGACAUAUCAUUCUGAACUCCAUGCACCGCUACCAGCCCAGGUUUCAUGUGGUCUAUGUGGACCCCCGCAAGGACAGCGAGAAAUACGCAGAGGAGAAUUACAAGACCUUUGUUUUUGAAGAAACCCGCUUCACAGCGGUCACAGCCUACCAGAACCACCGGAUCACACAGCUGAAGAUAGCCAGCAAUCCCUUUGCAAAGGGCUUCAGGGACUGUGACCCAGAGGACUGGCCCAGGAAUCACAGGCCAGGCUCUCUGCCAAUAAUGAGUGCCUUUGCCAGAACAAGAAACCCAAUGUCAUCUCCCCCGCAGCAGAACGGCACAGAGAAAGAAGACAGUAGGCGGGAAUAUGAGCGAGACCCCAGCGGCACGCCCAUACACGCUGACCCAGCUCACCAGCUGAUGUCCCGGGUCCUCAGCCCCGCCCUGCCCGUCCCGGGAGGCCUGCAUGCCGUCCCACUCACCAGUGGUCGCCCCAGCCCUCCUCAUGACCUUCGGCCAGACCCCCACACUAUACCGCCGGACACCCUGCACCACCACCCUUACAAGUACCCCACCACCUAUGAACAUUAUCUGGGGGCUAAGACCAGGCCGUCGCCCUACCCUUUACCCAGUAUCAGAGGACACACGUACCAUCACCACAUGAACCCGGCUACAGCUAACAUGUACUCAGCCACCAGUGGCCCCUCUAACUAUGACUACGGGCCCAGAUAAUGACUGCUGUCCACCAGGGCUAACAGCACACAGCACUGUGGGAAUAGAAAAAAAGGCAGGAAAGGCAACGCAGCCCUGUCUAUUGAUGGCUCACACAGCCUGCGUAACCUGUGUGCGUUUACAGGCUGAAACUCCUCCCUGCUGGAUAAAUCCUGCCAUAUUUAUUUAAAGGAAAUGCAUCUUUGGGGGAAGAAUAGGCACCUGCUCCGAGCCCUUAAAAAGGUCUGAUUUGACCUUUGAACCCCAAUGGCAAAAGCUCUACAUCAGGGCACCCUCUUACCUGAGUGGUGCAGACAUUGAGCCAGCAAACACAGGAGGACAGGAGGGACCUCUCCUAAACACAGACAAUACCUUUGAUUCACAGACUGGAACAGAUUUUUUUUGUGUUGGAUGCACUUUUUGAUUUGCCUUGUUUUUAAUGCUUUCAAAAAAGCCAUAUGUUAUAUAGUCCAUCAACCUUCUAGGUAGACGAGAUGUUUGCAUGUUGAGCUCAUCAGAGAGGGUGUCGAAACACAUCAAAUGUUUUUGUUUGAGGAAAAAAAAAAAAAGAGAUUUGAUUUUGAAACAUUCUGGACAUUUUGAGCCGCUCUGAGAAGCUUGUACCAUGGCACUGACUUGCAGCAAUACAAAGUAAAUAAAUGAAGCAGAAUGACUGUUCUGUAUCUGUAAAAUAAACAUUAAAUUCUU